AUGGACCUUACAAACCAGUCUUUUGUUAGAGAAUUCAUCAUUGUGGGUUUUCCCAAUAAUAAUGGUCUCCAGCUUUUGUUGUUUCCCUUUCUCUUUUUAAUUUACCUCUUUAUAAUUUGUGGUAACAUUACAAUAAUUGCCCUUAUCUUUUCACAUUCAUCUCUACAAGUUCCUCUCUAUUUUUUUGUUGCCGUACUUUCUUUUUUGGAAAUCUGGUACACAACGGUCACCAUUCCAAAAAUGCUUGCCAGUUUAUUGGACCAGAAGAGUAUUUCAUACAAAAGUUGCCUAGUACAGGUAUAUUUCCUACAUUGCCUAGGUAUCACUGAGACUUACCUGCUUACGGCUAUGGCCUAUGACCGUUACCUCGCCAUAUGCAACCCUCUAAGAUAUUCAUCUAUAAUGACUAGCAGAUGUUGUCUACAACUGUCUGCUUGUUGCUGGGUUAUAGGGCUGGUUGGCCCUGUAACACAGCUGACCCUUCUUUCCAGAUUACACUUUUGUAAUUCCAACAAAAUCGAACACAUAUUCUGCGACUUUAAUCCAUUGAUAAGCCUGGCAUGUUCUGACACAACUCUCAACGUCACAGUGGAUUUCUACAUCAAUGCAUUCCUUCUUUUUCUUGCCUUCGCCUGUAUUAUCUUGUCAUACGUGAAGAUCAUUUCUGCUGUGUUAAAGAUAAGCACAACAAAUGGACGGAAAAGGACAUUUUCCACUUGUAGUGCCCACCUCAUUGUUGUUAGUCUGUUUUUUGGUAGUGUGACAUUCACCUAUAUCAGACUAACAAAAAAUUACCCUUUAAACUAUAACUAUAGUAUGGCUGUUAUUUACUCAGUUUUAACCCCCAUGUGUAAUCCAGUUGUUUAUAGCCUGAGAAAUAGAGAAAUAAGGGAACUGUUGAAGAAAAAAAUAAAAACAUUUUGGGAAACAUCCUAA